AUGACGCUGCUGGCAUUGAGUCGGCCGCUCCGGCCAUUAUGUCGCUCGGGUUUGCGCCAGCAAAAGACGCGCUUCUCAACGACUAAACUAGCAUUGGCUGCGCAAGUCGGGCAUUCAACCGCAAUCGCUCAAUCAGACACAAACCGCGAACGAGUUAUCAUCCUCGGGUCCGGCUGGGGAGGGUAUAGUUUCUCGCGCAAACUAUCACCAGAUUCCUUCUCGCCGCUUAUCAUCUCUCCACGCUCCUACUUCGUCUUCACGCCGCUCCUUACCGACGCUGCCAGCGGCGCGCUCGAUUUCUCGAACAUCGUCGAGCCCGUGCGUGAUUCCAAGGCGAAGGUCGAUUUCAUUCAGGCGGCUGCGCGGGCGGUCGACUUUAACAAGAAGACGGUGCUGUGUGAGUCAACAGUGGUCAAGAGCGGUGUUACGGAGUCCCCCCGGACACACGAGGAUGAGCGGUUACAAGAGGAAGGCCCUGAGACCACAAAUUAUCGGCCCAUGGCGGAGGCGCGGAGGUGGGAGCAGGGAGAGAUGUUCGAGGUUCCGUAUGACAAGCUGGUCAUCGCGGUGGGUGCAGUGAGCAAGACAUUCAAGACACCCGGCGUACGACACAACGCCAUGUUCUUCAAGGACGUUGGCGAUGCGCGCCGUGUGAAGCGUCGUGUGCGGGAGUGCUUCGAACUAGCCGUACUCCCAACAACCUCACCAGAAAUGCGCAAGCACCUACUGCACUUCGCCAUCGUCGGCGCCGGCCCUACGGGCACAGAACUAGCAGCAAAUCUGCGCGACUACAUCUACCAAGACGUAGUCCGUCUAUACCCAGCCCUCGAAGGCAUCCCGCGCAUCUCGCUAUACGACGUCGCCCCCAAGGUCCUCUCCAUGUUCGACGAGUCCCUCUCCCGCUACGCCAUGGACACCAUGCAGAAAGAAGGUAUCGAGAUCAAAACCUCCCAUCACGUUAAGGGUCUGCGCUGGGGCGCACCCGGCGAUCCACCACCAUACGACAUGGACCCGAAACGCUGCCUAACCCUGACAACCGAGGAAGAAGGCGAAGUGGGCACCGGCAUGUGCGUGUGGGUGACAGGAAACGCAAUGAACAAAUUCGUCUCUCGUGCAUUGCAGGAUCUCGACUCCCUCCCCACGGAAUCCGUACUCAUGAAAGGCGGCUCAAAACCACCCACCGAGGUCCAGAAUGCUACCUGGCACGUGAAAAAAGCACCCAAGGUCGGCGCAUUACUCGUCGACGGCCAACUCCGCGUGCAGCUCGAAAACGAACACGGCCAGACAGCAGUCAUGCAAGACGUCUUCGCGAUGGGCGACAACGCCAUGCCUGAAACCGGUGCCCCGCCAGCCACCGCACAGGCAACCUUUCAAGAAGCCAAGUGGUUAGCGACCCGGUUCAACAAGGGUGAUAUCCAGCAAUCCGAACCAUUUUCGUUCCGGGAUCUGGGAUCGCUGGCGUAUAUCGGGGAUGCGAAUGCGCUGAUGCAGAUCCCGCACGAAAAGGAUGGGUCUAAGUAUCUGCCGCAGGGUCUGACAGGGAGGACGGCGGCGCUUGUGUGGAAUUGGGCGUAUGUGACGAUGAGUAUUAGCUGGAAAAAUAAGAUACGGGUUUUGUUUCGGAGGUUGUUGAAUAAGAUGUAUGGAAGGGAGGUGUCGAGGUAUUAG